GGGAGGUAGAGCUCAAUAAAGCGUCAAGAGUUGGUGGCCCUGAACGACCCCAACAACAACAACGGCUGUGGUUAAAUGUUUUGAAAAUUAUUACACUUCAGCCAAAGAAAUUUUUGCUACCGCAGUCAAAUAUUGCCGGCAAAUAUGUUACACGAUCUUAUUUCUGCUGUUAAAGGAAUUGGGGGAGACAUGUUUGUGGGGAAAGAAGACUUUCGUUUUGAGGUUUCCAAUGACCUGGGUUUUCUUCAUCCAAGUGAGUUUGCCAUCAUCCACAAGAUACUAAGUAUUGGGACUCACUACAAGAAGAUUACAAAUUUUUGUAAUACUUAUGACAUUGUACGAAUUAAUACAGAUAAAAAAUAUCGUUGUGGAUUAUAUCUGUCAUCACUUGCUUCAGCUCUUCAUAAAACAGCACGAAGCUUUCACACUACAGUGGUAGAGCUGGAGUACAGACUACUGAGUGAUCCACACCUUCCUCUCAGUGAAUUGCUGCUUACUCUUCAACCUACAGCUCCAUUAUUAGCUGCACUUUCCUCACUAGUAACUCAGAUUGAAGAGAAAAAUGUUCAUGGAUGCAUGAUACUGGAAGUUCUUCACAAGCACACAGCAAAUUCUGUGGCACAUGUGAAGCAGGUUCUCAUGUGGGUAGAGCAGGAAGUUCACUCAGUUUUGUUUGACCAACUGACUCACUGGUUGCUGUAUGGAUUGUUGCUUGAUCCACAUGAAGAGCUUUUUAUCCACAUAACUACUGACACUGAUGCUCCAAGUGAGGUGCAGGAAAUGGAUGCUCUUAGCCUUGAAGGGUUAGAGUGUCCUAAAAUGAAUCCAGAAUGCAAGUUAAGGCUGGAGAUGCUGCCCAGCCACAUACCUCUCGCUGUUGCCGAAAAAAUUCUCUUUAUUGGGGAGGCCAUCCUUGUGUUUGAGAGGGAGGCAAGAAAAGAAAAUGAUGUUGCAGAUACAGCAUCAGUGUCAUCACAUAGUGGUCAAGUGUUGAAAAGCAGAGAAGAAGAAUUUAAAGGUCUCAUACAAGCAUUGGGCCAGGAGCCAACAUUCUCCAUCUUACAGUUCAGCCAAGUUAUUGAAACAGUCAGGCACUGUGUAUCUGAGGAACUCUGGAAAAUAGUUAUGGAUGCAGGAUUGGUAACAGAAUUGGGCAAUCUAAAAGCUGUCUUCCUGCUGGGUCGGGGAGAGCUCUAUCAAACACUAAUCCCAUCCAUCACACCAUUUCUUCGAAACAGUUCACCCAGUGCUAAUUUUGACGGAUUAUUCCAGUUAGCAGGCCGCCAAGUGCUACUGGAGGAGGAGAUGUUGGAAAAGUUUGCACUUUCCCUGAAAAUUGUGCCUACUGCACAGGCCACUCCAGUCAGAGGUCAACCAGAUAAAAGUUGGCGAAAUCUGAAGCUGGAAUACCAUUCUAAGUGGCCACUGCAUAAGCUGUUUACUCCAUCAGUUCAGGACAAGUACAAUUCAAUUUUUACAUUUCUCUUGGAUGUUCGUAGAGCUCAGUUCCGACUCCAACAGUUGUGGAUCACACAGAUGCGAACGAAAUUCCAUAGAAAAAGUGAAGCAGACCGUCUUCAGUGGACACUGAGGCACCACAUGAGUCUCCUGAUUGAUAACAUCCAGUACUACUUACAGGUUGAUGUACUGGAGUCACAGCACUGGCAGCUUAUUACAGAAAUUGGCAAAACUCGGGAUUAUCAACAGCUGGUCCGAGCCCAUCAUAACUUCCUGGUCUCUGUCUCAGCUCAGUGUUUUCUUAACAACACCAUGGUCAGCAACUCUCUGCAGCAGUUACUCAAGCUGGUCCAUAAGUUUUGUUCCAUUUUGGAAUCUGUAUUCAGUAAUGAAUCUAAAGAUAGAAAUGCUCCUCUUAGAUCAGCUAUUGCCCUUAAUGUGCAGCCAGUUCUUAGUAGUGCAGAGCAAAUCAAGAAGUUAAAUGAAGCAUUUGAACGGGCAGCAGCCUAUCUAUUUUUUGUGUUGUCUAACUUAAGACUUCAUCAGGGAUCACAAUAUACAUCUCAGCUCAUUAUGAGAAUUGACUAUAAUAAGUAUUAUAGUAACAAUACAACUGUUAGAAGGUUCAAAUCCCCUCUUGAUGCACUCUAAGUAUGAUAUUGUAAAAUAACACACAAGUUUCAGAUUUAAAUUCCUUUGAUUGGUGGGAAGGUUGGUUUCCAGAAACCCAAUGACUGGGACAACCCAUGGUCUAGAGCAGCAGUGGGCAAACUACAGCCCGCAGGUUGCAUGCAGCCCGCAGGUUGCAUGCAGCCCGCCAAAGGUUUUCAUGCAUCCUGCAUCUCAGCACUCAAAAAGUUUCAAAAUCUGAAAAUUUUUUCAAGAAAGACGUUUGUGUUGUUUUCAUCAACUUACAUUUGUGAGCAGACUUUCUCUAUGAAGAAAGUUCCCCUGCACUGAAAAAUUUGCUCACCCCUGGUCUAGAGAAACCCUUUUGACUCUGGACCCAAAAAUAUUACAUUAAGCUUUAAAAAUGGCUAAACACCUGUGUAGCCUGAGUUCAUGGUCAUUCCCCUUAAUCCAGAUUUACAGCUGGAACUUCAUGAUCAUGUAAAACUUAUAAUUUAUGAGAUAUUUUUUUAUUUUAUUAACACAUUGGCCGAUUCCCACCAAGGCAGGGUGGCCCGAAAAAGAAAAACUUUUACCAUCAUUCACUCCAUCACUGUCUUGCCAGAAGGGUGCUUUACACUACAGUUUUUAAACUGCAACAUUAACACCCCUCCUUCAGAGUGCAGGCAUUGUACUUCCCAUCUCCAGGACUCGAGUCCGGCCUGCCGGUUUCCCUGAAUCCCUUCAUAAAUGUUACUUUGCUCACACUCCAACAGCACGUCAAGUA